UUUCUGCUGACAGCAGAAAGGGGGAGGGAGGUAGUCGCUGUUCCUUAAAAAAAAUAAAAAAAAUAAAAAACAAUAACCCCGGUGUCCAGCAUUCCUCUUGUUUUGCCGUCUCGCUUUUAUUAGCGCGUCUCAAGUCUCAUCAGGGCAGCUAGCCUCGGGAGGACUUUGUUUUCAUGAAGGAGGAGGCAUGGUCCUUCAACUAUAUAAUACAUUCAAAUCCACAAAGAAGAGAGGAACGGCAGAGAAGAUUUUUUUUUUCAGAGCAUUUUGGUGCAUUUCUAAUGCAUUGUUUUAAGAAAAUAGCUGCAAGCGUAGAAUUACAUAGAAUUACACUGAAUUAAAAACCAAUUUACUGAGAGAGAGAGAGCGAGAGAGCGUGAGAUACAGUUAUAGAUAUUUCCAGCGGUGCUGUAGGUAAUUAACUUCAUUGCAAGAAGUCAAGUCAGAUUUGUUUUUUCUUCUCCUUGCUUGGAAGUUGAUUAAAUAAAUGCAUUCAACGGCUGAUGCAUCUGAAGAUGACAGCGUUUGUUGGGACUGAGUGACUAAUGUAAAGAAGAUCACCGUUUCUGACAGCGUAUAAAACAAACAGAACACUACAGCGCCGAGGUAACCAGCCUUGCGUUUGCACGGUACAGAGGAGGGGGUCGAACCAGAGAAAGUGUUUAUGCAAACUUAACAAAAGGCUGCAGCUAUCGGUCUGUUUGCAGCCUGAUUCACAAGCGUUUUAUAACCCGCCUUCUGCAUCCUGGCAAGAAACGCCUCCAAACGCAGAACACAAAGCUGCUGUGCCAGAGUGCAUGGCUGAAGUCCGUCGUGUUUAACAGUCCCAGUCCAGUCCAGCAGAUCUGUUCGGAGGGCCAGGAAACAUCAAAGCCUCCUGGUUCUGCUAGCCUGUGUGCUUUUUCUUGUGUGUCCGUAGCAGGUGAUGUCUCUUCUCUAACCUUUCUCCCUCCACUUGCUAAUCCUCCUAGUUAACAGGCAUUCAGCUUUCGGGACAGACAUGGAUGACUAUGACGUGAGAUCAGCGGCUAGCAUUCUAGCCUCAGUUAAAGAGCAGGAGGCGCGCUUCGAGAGGCUGACCCGGGCCCUCGAGGAGGAGCGGCGCAACGUCAGCCUGCCCUCGGAGCGACUGAGCAUGUGCAGCGCUGGCAGCAGCAGCCAGCCCCUGGCGUGGCAGCAGAUAGUACUGCAGGAGCAGAGCCCCAGUAACCAGACCUCCAUAGCCAUGAUGCAGGAGCCUCCAGAGGUGCUGGAGGAAACGGUGACUAUUGAAGAGGACCCGGGAACGCCCACCUCCCACGUUUCCGUGGUAACAUCAGAGGAUGGAACUACUCGCCGGACUGAGACAAAGGUGACCAAGGUUGUUAAAACCAUCACUCGCCGCACCUUCCACCCGGUGACAGUAACAGAGAGGCUGGUGGAUUCCCGGCCGCACACCCCCACUCCGGAGACAGACCCUGUCACCAAAAUGGUGAAAACCGUGACCACCAGGACGGUGCGCCAAGUUCCCCUGGGGCCGGAUGGCUUGCCCAUACCGGACGGGUCUUCCCCUCUCGGCAGCUACACGGAUUCCAUCGACCGGAGGUACCUGAAGAACGGGGACCGCUACAUCACCCCACAGGCCACCUCCACCCUGACCAGAUCCUUCAACAACUACAGUGAUUCCUACGCCGACAGCCCCGAUAACCAGUACCGGCACUACGGCAUCCACGACAGCUACGCCGACGUGUCCGACAACUACGGCAGCCUUUCCAGAGGGGUCAACUACCGGCCUCGCUACGGCUACAUGCCAGCAAACUACCGGCCGGAGAACAGCUACACCCUGCCCAUCAGGAAGGACGACUACGGACACAUAGCCCAGCCGCAGGUGCCCAUAGGCAGCAGCGCAGAGCUGAACCGCUCCCAGCCGGAGCGCUUCCAGCCAGAGCCGUACGGUUUGGAGGAUGACCGCCGUAGUCUGGGGCCUGAGGAAGAGGAGGCUUAUGACCUGGAACCAGACUACUCCACGGCCAAUAGGAGGACUCUUGGCAGUGCUGACCGGGGCAGACCAGGCAGGGAGUUAAUCAGAGAGCCAAGCAGGGAGCCCAUGAUGAGAGAGCCAGUUCGAGGAAGAGGCUGCUACGAGGACCCCAUAGAGGCUGAACUGAUCGACGAGCGCCACCCCUACCUGCAGGGCAUCUACACGGCGCCCCUGGCCCAGCCCGAGCGAGGCAGCAUGGCCAGCCUGGACCGCAUGGGCCGUCACUCGCCCUCCAUUGACAGCAUGCGCAAAGACCCCCGCUGGAGGGACCCCGACCUGCCGGAGGUCAUCGCCAUGCUGGGGCACCCCAUCGACCCGGUCAAGUCCAACGCGGCCGCCUAUCUGCAGCAUCUCUGCUACGAGAACGACAGGAUCAAGAAGGAUGUGCGCCACCUGAAGGGGAUCCCCAUACUGGUGGGGCUGCUGGACCACCCCAAGCCUGAGGUGCACCGCAAGGCCUGCGGAGCCCUCCGCAACAUCUCCUACGGCAAGGACAACGACAACAAGGUGUCCAUCAAGAACUGCGACGGCAUCCCUGCCCUCGUCCGCCUGCUGAGGAAGACCAGCGACAUGGAGGUGCGGGAGCUCAUCACAGGCACACUGUGGAACCUCUCCUCCUAUGAACCCCUCAAGAUGGUCAUCAUCAACCACGGCCUUCAGACGCUGACAAACGAGGUGAUCAUCCCCCACUCGGGCUGGGAACACGAACCCAAUGAGGACUCCAAGCCUCGGGACGCCGAGUGGACCACUGUCUUCAAGAACACGUCCGGGUGUUUGAGGAAUGUCAGUUCGGACGGUGUGGAAGCUCGGCGGCGGCUGAGGGAGUGUGGUGGCUUGGUGGAUGCGCUUCUCCAUGCUCUCCAGUCAGCCGUUGGGAAGAAGGACAUGGACAAUAAGUCUGUGGAGAACUGCGUGUGCAUCAUGCGGAACCUGUCCUAUCACGUCCACAAGGAAGUGCCAGGGGCAGAGAACUUUUUGGAGCCCGCAGCCAAUCAGAGUGGAGGCCCGGGAGCGCUGCAGAAGAAGAAGAAGGAUGACGCAGGGUGUUUCGGGGGGAAGAAAGCUAAGGAGGAGUGGUUUGAUCAAGGAAGGAAGAAUGGAGAGAAUGACAAAAACUACGACACUCUGGAUCUGCCCAAGCGCACUGAGCCAACCAAAGGGUUCGAGUUGCUUUACCAGCCAGAGGUGGUGCGUCUGUACCUGUCGCUUCUCACCGAGAGUCAGAACUACAACACGCUGGAGGCUGCGGCCGGGGCUCUGCAGAACCUCAGUGCAGGACAGUGGACUUGGUCGAUGUACAUCAGAGCUACUGUUCGGAAAGAGAAAGGCCUGCCGAUCCUGGUGGAGCUGCUGAGGUCCAACUCAGACAAGGUGGUGCGGGCGGUGGCCAUCGCUCUCCGAAACCUGUCCAUCGACCGCCGCAACAAAGACCUGAUAGGCAGCUAUGCCAUGCGGGACUUGGUGAGUAACUUACCCAGCGGGCAGCAGAGACCAGCCAAGAACCUGGAGGAGGACACGGUGGUGGCCAUUCUCAACACCACCCACGAGAUUGUAACAGACAGCUCGGAAAAUGCCAGGUCCCUGGUACAGGCACAGGCCAUCGAGAAGCUUGUAGCCAUCAACAAAACCAGCCAGUCUUCGAGAGAGACGAAGGCAGCCUCUCAUGUUCUGCAGACGGUGUGGAGCUACAAGGAGCUGAGGAACGCUCUGCACAAGGAAGGCUGGAACAAAACGCAUUUCCAGCCCGCAGCAGCUGCCCCUCCCAAAGGUUCAAAGAGUGGAGGGAAGCCCGGGUACGACGACAGCACUCUACCAUUGAUGGAGAAGAACCAAGGAAACAAGAAAUCUGGCAGUGCUGAUAUGAUACCAAUGGAUGAACUUGGGCCAGAUGCAUAUUCAACGAUUGAUCACAGAGACAAAGAGAGCAAGUUCAAAACUAGAGAAGGAUCGAGGGACGUGGCAGAAAGGGAUCCUUUAAAGAAUGACACAAAUAGGAAAAACUUUAUCAGGAGCAACAGGCCCUCAGUGAAUCUGGUGGAUGCGUGUGAUACUGAACAUCAGCCUGUUGACUCCUGGGUCUAAUUGCAUGCAUGGCUUAAAUUUAAAAUUGCAAUCCUGAAUUUUAAAAGAGGAUCUCACGUUUCACCACUGCCAUUCGACUUGGAGGUCAUUUUUAUUGUGGACAUGCCAGUGGACUUUAAAAAAACAAACAAAAAAAAAAACACACAACAAAAACUAUUUAUCAUUACAUGAACUUACUGUGCUUUUCAACAAAUGAAAAAAAAAACUAUUAAAAAAAAACCCUACGUACUACUGUCAUAUCAACAUUCCCACCAGGCGUAGCAACCCCUGCCCCAGAACGAGCUCUCAUGGGAUUGGUCGGAUUCUGCAGUUUAUCCAGAAGGUAGUUGGUGUCGAGUAAGAGAAUAGAAGGUUUGUGGUGGGAACACUUGUUUCAUUGAAAAAAAAGGUAAAACUAAAAACUUUAACUGUAUUUUAGAACAGUCACAAGUGUUAGUACUUAUUUUAUUUUUUUAAGCAAAAAAAAAAAGUUCCGUUCUUGCAGAGCGUAUUGUGAGCAGACACCUGCCUAGAAUCUGCUCUCCAAGAACACAGACAAAAACCAUUCAGUGUUUUUCAUUUUGAGUUUUGGAUUGGUUUCCUUUCCUAUGUUUGUUUUUUUUGUUUUAGUUUUGAAGAACGAGGGAGUGAAUGUCGGUUUGAUGGAUUUCUAGGGGGAAGAAUGUUUCUUUGUUUGGAUUGAGUUUGGGGCUGGAAAGCACAAGGGUAGUAGAAUCCUCUUGGAGAGUAUGCUAAUGCGAUCUACACAAUGCUUGCUUCAUUAACGUUCUCCAUGUAAAGAGUUUCACUGUUUUUAAUUCACCGCGAGGUCGGUUUAAAGUGCAAGACAUGACGGAGGUGUUCAAGCGUCUUUUGAACCAGGGCAGCCAGCAAUGAAGAUCUCAGUUGCUAAUCAGGGCCUGAGGGAAGUGUGGAAUGCCAUAGUGUAAUAUGGAUCCAAUCUGUGUGGUUCUGCGUAUCCCAGCAAUGUAGAGCAAACAAAUCACAAACAGUAUGCAGAUGUACUCGGAGGUCUUGGACUUGGCUAACCCUUUCUUCAAAGAAGACAAUGGAGUAUUUGCUACGUGAGCGUGGAGCAUGUUCCACAUUGCAGUAAACCUGCCUCUUCAGCGAUUUCACACCUCUCUUAACAAGUCCAGCUUUGGUUUGUAUUAAAGAAAAAAAAAAAAAUUCAAUGUUGUGCAUAAACAGUGUGUGUUGGGGAGGGAGGUUUCAUCUCCUUUGAAAGCAUUUUAUAUUUUUGUGUUGGUUUUAUAAAUGUAUAUGAAGAAAACGUAACCCAAACGUGUUCGCUGGUGUUUGUGCAUUGUGACGUGUGGAUGUGUACCGGAGACCCCUGCAUUGCACAUCAUCAGUGGAAGAGAAGCCGUGGAGUUCUGGCUGCAAAUCCGCCGAGGCGCGUCGCGCACUCAUUUGUAUUUUGUAACAGCACAAGUAAAAUAUAUAUAUAUAUAUAUAUAUAUAUAUAAUCUACUACUACUUCUUUUGUUUAAAGAAAGAAAAAAAGGAAAUAAAUCCAGAGAUUCCUUACCUGGUUCCCAGAUUCUUAGAAGCUCCAGUUUUAGCUGCAGGGAUAGACAGAGGUCAGAGAUGUCCCCUUUAACCAGCUUUCAGUGCAAUGCCGUUCGCAAGAGAGACACUAACCAAUACAAUGAGAUAUACAUACAUAUAUAUAUACAUACACACACACAUACACAUAUACAUAUAUAUAUCUGUAUGCGUUACUCUGAUUUUGAUACAUCUUUUUAAAACCCUUUUUCAAGCAAGCAUGAUAAAGUGAAAUGUAAUCUAAUCUGUUCACUCUACUGCCAUUUCUGUUGGUGUUACUUACAUUGAAUCAUUCGGAGUAGCCAGAGGACGGAGGGCUAGCGACUCACAGCUUAAAGCAGGGCUUGUGUUAGUUUAAGAAAUAAAAAGAUGACUAUUACGGUUUCCGGUUGGGCAUAUUGCCUUGGAAGGGAUGCACGAGCUGCCUAAAAUACUGGAGGGGGGGGGGGGGGGGGAUGACAAAACCAAACCAAACCCUCAGCUAUGUGUCGGGUUCUGUGUUCAUUUUUCUUUUUUCUUUUCCAAUGCACUUUAUUGCCCCAAUGCACGCCCUGGAAUGGCUGUGGGCUGCUCCACACACAUCAGUCAUAGUGAUGAAUCAAGCACACGCUCUGCUCUCCAGGAUCCAUAAGGCUGAUUCAUGCAUUCAUCUGCUUGUUCCUUCAUCCAUUCAUUAAAGCUGAGAAUGGCAUGUGCCUGCGUUAAAGUACUAUUUCUUUACUAUGUGAUUUUUUUGAAAGUCUUGUAUUUUUUUAAAAUAUGCUACAAAGAAAUAUAUUGCUAGUGUAACAAUAUUAACUUUUGAUUUUAAAAUGAGCAAGAACCCAGAUUUAAAAAGAUUAAUAAUACUUUUAUAAGAUGGCAAGAACUGUCUAUCCCUGGGUGCUGUUUAGCAGUGUGCUACCAAAGGGCCUGAAAUAGUAGUUGUUGUUUUUUUAAGAAAAGGCCAGGGGUUUGUUGCUGUAUAUAUAUUAAACUGUACUUUUAACCAUACUGAUACAAAACUUACUGUGAACGAACUCGAAUGAACAACAGCUGAAGAAAUGAAGAACGAGCAAGCCCUACCGAUGUAGAUAUCUCUGAUCAAAAUUGUUUAAAUAAAAGUAACUGUAAUACUUAGUAGCAAAUGUGUUUGUAACUAUCAUGUGCCUUAAACUUUUCAUGGUAGAUUAAAAAAGAACAAUAACCAUGUGUUUUAUAUACUGUUACGCUUAGCGUUAUCAAUGUAGUCUCUAGACAGCUGGGGUUUUGCAUUGUACUAUAUUGUAUUGUAACCCUGAAAAGCGUGCAAACAGGUUUGAUUUAGUAGCAGAGCAAGUGGUUUAUGCUUUCGUAGGAAUGGAAAUCGACACUACAGUGACAGAAUGUGUCAUGUUAAUUUCACUAAUAUCCUGCAGAGUAUUCAGCUUGUUUAAAAGAACACAGGUUUGGAGAAAUAUCAAUUUGGUGUGUUUUCAAUAAACCAUGCCUGGAAAGAA